AUGGCACCAAACAAUCCAACUCCAGACACAGAAAAAACAUCAAACGGCAUACCACCACUGCCAGACGACAGAUGUCCGAUAGAAGAAGUAGCUCUGGUCGUACCUAAAACCGACGAUCCAUCACUUCCGUUCAUGGCUGAAACUCUUAUGACGAAAGAGUAUAGUUUUGUUGGAUGGCGUUUUACGUUGAAUCCUGGACCGCUUAACAUGAAGGAGUAUGUUAUCAUCGCUAUCUUCGCUAACUGUGGUGUUUCCUCCUCUAGUGGUAGUGGUGAGGUUUACUUCAUUGGUGCCAUUACUAUUAUGAAAUCUUAUUAUAAACAAUCUCUCAGUUUUCUUCUUGCUCUCUUCAUCUUCAUAAGUCCCCCUGUCAUUUGA